AUGGCAGAAGCGGCGGUGCCAGCCGAUCUCUUCACCGAGCAGGAACUUACCUGCUCCAUCUGCCUGGACCUUUUCACUGAUCCCGUCUCCACGCCGUGCGGGCACAACUUCUGCCAGGCAUGCAUCGGCGGCUACUGGGCCUCAACAGCUGUGUGUACUUGUCCUCUGUGCAAGAACCCCUUCGAAGAGCGUCCUCAGCUGAGCAUCAACAGGGUUUUCGCCGUCAUUACUGAGAAUUACAAAGCGGCCCGCUAUGGUGCGGCCGCCCCCGCCAUCGCGCCGCCAAACGAGGGCGGGCCCUCGGCGAUGAUCUACAGCGAAGACAAGGUUUGGUGCGACGUGUGCACGGGGGUCAAGCAGCCGGCCGUCACCUCGUGCCUAACGUGCACGGCGGCCUACUGUGAGGAACACGUCAAGCCGCAUCACCGCAACCCAUUCUACGCCAAACACCCGCUCAUGGACCCGCUGGAGGCGCUAAAGGGGCGCACCUGUGCGCAACACCGCCGCUUCAUGGAGGUGUUCUGUCGCACAUGUGACCGUUGCAUUUGCGCCAUCUGCGUGCUGGAAGAACAUCGAACUCACCAAACGGUUUCGGUCCAAACUGAAAGACUCGGCAAACAGAAGCACAUGGCGAGGACGGAGCAGGAGAUCUUAAAUCGCAUCAAGGACAAGGCGAUGAUCCUAAGUGAGCUCAAGACCAAACUGGACGGCGUAAAGGCACACGGGGAGCGGGAGAGCGGCCAAUUGGAGGCGCUGCUAAAUGACGCGGCGGCCUCAGUUGAAAGUCUUCGCGCUCAGAUGCUGGGUGGAGUUAGGCAGCAGAUAGAGGCGGUGCUUGCCCGGGGGGAGGGGCCAGCCAGACAGUUGGAGGUGGAGCUCCGGGAGUUGACGGACAGAAGGGCCCGGCUUGAGGAGCAGGCUGUCAGUCAGGACCACAUCGGAUUCCUACAGAGUUUCUCUGAGGCUGCGGCGCUUCCUCCGCCAGGCUCGGACCAUCCUGUAGACUUGGACGAGCUGGACCUCAACCUUUACUUUAACCUGGGCGGAGUCAAGGCGGCACUGGCAGAAGUCCGGGACAGGAUCGAAGACGUUAGGACGGGCGGCGGCGGUGGUGGCUCCAGAGGAUCCCUAGCCUCCGUGUCGUCGGGUGAACAGAUGAUGGCGGCGGAGAGCAUGGUCAGCUUGAGAGGAAGCACCAAUAGCCUGAGGGGAAACCAGUGGGGCCGCAGAGAAAUGAAAAAGUUGAAGCCAGUUUCUGGUCACAAGAAGGCUCGCGUGUACAUGGAGGACGUGACUAUGAACCCGAUGACGGCGUAUCCUUUCCUCAUCCUGUCAGACGACCGCAAGUGGGUCAAGCGCGGCGAAAAGUUGCAGCAUUAUCGCAACAGUCCGCAACGAUACGACGUGUGGUCGUGUGUCAUCGCCAAGGAAGGUUACGCCACCGGACGACACUACUGGGAGGUGGUUGUGGGUGAGAACAAGGACUGGAAGUUGGGCGUGGCGACUGAGUCGGCACAGAAGAAGGGCCUAUUCGACAUGAGCCCGGCCAACGGCUAUUUCGCCCUCUGGUGGAGCAGCGGCCAAUUACGAGCUCUCACCGCGCCGCCACUCACUAAGGUGAAGACGCCGCUCAGGCUACGGCAAGUGGGCAUCUUCCUGGAAGUGGAAACAGGCCAAGUGUCCUUCUACAACACUAAAACGAGUAGUGAGAUAUUUAGUUUCCACUGCGGCGGAUUCACCGAGCAAAUGUUCCCGCUGUUUGGCACCGGAGACAAGGAAAUUCCGCUCGUCAUCCACACCUGA